CUGCCGUUCGCGCGGUCACGAGGAUUGUCACAAGGCAAAGCAUCACAAACACAACAAAGUCAAGAAAAUGUUGAAUGCGCAGAGCUCUUUUUCUGCGCAUAGCUUCUCUCUGAAACCAGUCGAGGAGUCAUCUAACACGGCUACUUGGCUAUCAAAUGAUCCAUCACCUCAAAGUUUUUCUUCCUCUUCAUUGCAGGACCCGGUCGCAAGUCUAUCAUCUUUACACACUCCCAUUGUAAACGGAUCCACCAGUAAUGCGGCAUCUGGUCUAGUGAGUUAUUUGAACAAUGGAAUGGCCGAGGACUUGCGUAUAACCAGGGAAACUGCGGAGGGUUUUGCGUCGUGCCUUGCUGCUGAUCACGCAGCAGUGCUCAAUCCUGACGUGGAUUCUCCUUUUGUUGAUGCAGUGGAUGUUGUCCAUCGGCUUCUUCCUUACCACGUCUUCCAACAACCUCAAGAAGACUUGAGGACCGUCGCAGAAAGGAGACGUGCGAAGGGAAAGGGGAAGGCCCACGAUGUGAUCCGGGAUGAGAUUGAAGACACUAAAUUUGCCCUGGAAUGUCACCGUCGACUGAGGAAACUUGAGUCGCGAUUUCGACGCGCCAAAAUGAAGUCCGGCAUGCGGCCUUCUCCAGAUGAUCAAGGAUAUGUGCUGACUCAAGCUAUGGCGGAGUACGAACGGGCAGAAACAUCAUCUGUCAGCACCGAGUUACGCAACGCACGGAACGAACUAGACGCGUCACAGCGUGAAAAACGCAUCGCAGCCAAUGUCGCCGUCAGUUCCUUUCGUCCAACCUAUUAUCCUCAAGCCUCGCAAGCCCAGUACUAUCGCACGUACCCAUACGCAUUCACUCAACCAUAUACCAAUACCUCUCAAGGGACUACAAAUUCGAAUUUUUACUCGACACCUACAUCAGCUCCUCCGGCUGCUUCCACUGCAACAUCGGCUUCUACUGCAAUUCCAAUACAGCUUCCGGUCAGUUCGUUGCCUGCCCUACACGCUCUCGGAAUAGUGCCGAUUCCCGCUACUUCGCUCCCGCCUCCAGAUCAGCCGCAGCCGGCGGCUGUGCUACGAGGGUCUACUUCCAAUGGAACAAUUUUGAGUCUAGAGAUAAAUGUGUCGCUACUACAGUCACCGCAAGUGAGCGGACUGGCAUAUUUAUUGAAUUCUAUGAUGUCGAGGGGUGCAACUUCUGGGCAAGGGAACGCCAGUUCGACGACAGGGGGGCAGCCGUCGUCUGUAGCUACGUCCGACACUGCGGCUUCAUCACAUACGGAUGGCUCGCCUGGAGAAUAAUCGAGCGGGGAGAUGGGUUAACAUAAUGGGGGGUCGAUAGUAGGACACUUGAUCCUGCCGUAUUUGGGGUAAUGCGAAUUAUAGUAAUAGCUCGUCAUACGCUGUGUUGCCGAAGUCUCUGGCCUACAUAAUUCGAUGUGAACCAGCAUCGUGCCAAGCUCGAGGUGCACGAGAGGAAUGUAGACAGCUGUGAAGAGUGUUGGGUAGUACUUGUUUACAUCUGGAGCCUCAAGCUUCGAGCACCUAGUGACGUUUGUUUGUAGGUUGCGUUGUAAUCGAUAGCUUUCCUCGUUCGCUGUCAGUCAACAUUGUUGUACGCAACAGAUCAA